GUAGGCCUUUCAGGAUGAAGAGAACUGUCAUUAGAUGUCAUUCUAGUGUUAUGACUUGUUUGGAAAAUGAUGUACAGAAGAUAAAUUAUUUGUGUUUAAAUACGAUCAAAAUUAUCCGUGCUUCUAAUGUCCUCGAAAAAAGGAACCAAGACAGUAACGAUCCAGCUGCGACCUGUGUAUCAUGGAAGAACCUCCUACGAGCAGCAGCCAACAGCAGGUCCCUCUGAACGGAGGACCUCCUCUGCUGGACCACCCGUUAAAGCGAUUUCAACUAAAUCACGCUACAAAAUCUAUGAAAUUCCACGUAAAUCUGAGUUUUCCGAAUAUCUCGAACGGAUUAGACGGGAACAGGAAGCGCGACAGGCACAGGAUGCUAGAUAUCGUUCCUUAGCCGUACAGACGCACGAUCAAGAUGCGGGCCCUAGCCGACGAGUUGAGCCUCAGCAGAAGUUGCUCUCUUUCGACAAACCGAUCACCGUCAUGCGACAGGGAAGUUUGGUCGAAUAUCGGGAAAAGGAACGCCACCCGUUCAAGGAGCUCGUCAGCAACUACCUGCGGCGCAGUUCGCUUCCGAAGCAAACGGUUCGCCUGUACAAGCUGCCGAUCGUUCAAAGUUGGGAGCAAGCGAUCGAAAACUCGCUAAGAAAGAUGGCCGCGGAACGAUCGAGCCGAGGAGAUUUGUGGAAACAGUCACGGCUGAAGUGGUUGCAAGAUUUGGAAGAAGCGAACAGUAAACUUCCGUCGCUGGAAAGAACCGUCAGUAGGGAUGAGGGAUUCGAUCCAUCCAUAUGCUGUUUUCUUGCGUGGUGUCGUCGUCGAAGACGUGGUGCGUAAAGCGGAUCCUUACCUUUGGG